UCCGAGGUAUCAGCGGUGGGUGUUUGCCUCGGCUGUGAUAGCGAGCGGCUGCUUCAUUCACCAUGCCUACUCCGAGGCAUCGGUACAUGUUGGUCGGUUUUUCUGACGAGUUGGACUGGAGAGCCUUGAACUUCGUGGAACCAAUUCCACCUAACAUAAUGUGCAAAGCGUGCGGCCUAGUGACCAGAGUGACCGCAUUUCUGCCUUGCCUGCACGUUUUCUGCAAUAAGUGCUACGAACAGUGCCGCAACGAUGGCGGGCACUGCUGUCCACUCGACGGUCAACGAGCCUUGGAAGAAGAUGUCCAAUGGAUGGAGUUUCCUGUGGGGAACCUGCUCAAAAGGAAGGUGAAGUGCUGGAACGAAGACCGAGGCUGCGACAUUGUUCUGCCUGCAUCGGAACUCAACAGGCACUUUUGCAAGGACUGUGACCACCACUCCACUUCCUGUCCGAGAUGUUCGAUGGUCGUACGCUGUCAUAAUGUGUGCACGCACUUGCAGAGCGAGUGCAGGGAUCACGUGAUGUCUGUGACGUCCGGGAAUCCGCAAACUAAGAUUACUGGCGAAAAAGCAAUGAUGAUGGCUUUGAAUGCAAAUAUAGAGACACGAGUAGGUGAAAUGAAAGAGAGACUGGACCACCUUACGCAUGAGAACAACGUCCAAAGUAACCGCCUUAAUGAGAUUUCACAUUGCUUGAACACGGUCAGGGAAGCACUGCUAGAAAUAUCAAGCUUACGUAAUAGAUCUGACAGCCUUGCAUCCUGCUCAGAGGCAAUCCAAGAAGCUCUGAAUGACCACGGUGAAACGUUACAGCAGCUUGCAGGAACAUUAAGCAAAUCACAUGAAAGGCUUAAAGAUGCUGUGGAAAGCACGAAGCUCAGUCUCGAAGAAAAAUAUGAAGACACUGCGAAUACACUCAGAGCUGAUCUAACUCAACAUUUUAGUGGUGAGUGUGGUGCACUAAAGGAAACCCUUCAAAAAGAGUUGAAGGAUGCCACAAAGACAAUCUGCAGCGGCUGCGCAGAAACUGUUUCCAGGAUUGCUGGAGAAAAGAUCUGCGAGAAGCAAAUAAAUUCAAGUGCAAUAAAUACAGAGAAAAUACUGGCUUUAAACACAAUCCAUGUCAAGCGACAUGAAUUCUUUGUUGAAGGAUUCAAAGCCAUGAAGGAGAGCGCCAGGAUUUUUUCGCCAUGAAAGUGAAAAGACGUACAUGACUGGCUAUCGCCUAUCGCCAGGCGUGCAUUUUAAGAAAGAAGGGCCGCAUGUGAACCUGCAUCCUCGCAUCCAGCUGCACAAGGGAAUGAUCGACGACGUUCUUGAAUGGCCGUUCAAAGAAAAGGUUCGGUUCACCAUUAAACACCCAUCGCAAAACAAAGAGUGCAGAAAAGAGCAAGU